CGUGGUCAGGUGAGCUAAAAACAAGCAAUGUAAAUCUACUUUCGUUUUGUUCAAAUUGUUGUUGUUGUUGUUGAAUCAGUGUUAGGUAAAUGCAUUAAACUGUUAAAGAAAGCGUCUACAAAAAGGAAAAUUGGAAACCGACAGAAAUGGCAUGGUCUGCAAAUCAGUUUACUGAUUUCACAAUUAAUAGGUCAGCUAACAAGACUGUGGGAUUUAAUUCAAAUAAAAGAUCAUCAUUCAUCAAUAAUAGUGGACCUGUCACAAAUACAGUGAACAGACAAAACUGUCAAACAAGAGGAAAUAAUGGAUCUAGUAUACAGACAUUAGAGGAAUUGACUCCUGGUUCUACAGCUAAUGUUAUUGGUGUAGUUAUUGCCAAGGAAAGUCCUAGAUCAGUUUUCAGCAAAAAGAAGUCUGGUACUGAGAGAUUUCUGCUUGGCUUUGUAAUCAGAGAUUCUCCAACUAGUUUUGUGAAUUGCACAUGCUGGGGGAGUGAACUUUUCAUAGCAGACCUUGCCAAGUCUUUUACAAUCGGAGAUGUUGUGAAGAUAGACAAUGCCCAGGUUCAGAUGAAUCCUUCAGAUGGAUCUGCUGAAAAAUUCAGAGUCUCUUCAAAUCUAGGAAUUAAUUUAACACUGAGUGAGAAUCACAGUAGUUUAAACUUGUACAAUGGUUUGGACCUUGGCUCAUAUUCCUCAUUACAGUUUAUUCCAAUCAAAGCUAACAGUGACUAUUACACCCUGGAAGAUGUCCUAGCUAAUGGCCAAGGUUUAAAUGGUGAACAUAUCAAUCUGUUAGCUGCAGUGAGAAAGAUAGGUAUACCACGUGAUAUAACCACAAAAGCUGGAAAGCAUACAAAGAGAUGUGAGAUUAAACUAUUUGAUGAAAGCUGUUCAUGUUUCCCAUUGGUGCUAUGGGGAGAAGAAUUGGUGGAUUAUUCCCAGACUUGGAUCCAAGGAGAGACAGUGCUGUUUGUAGCUGAUGUGAGAAUGAACUAUGAUGAUUUUAGAUCUUGUAUGGUUGCAACAGCUGACUCAAAAACAGUGUUUACACCUAAUCCAGAUACAGUUGAUGCUAAAUGCCUGCACCAGUUUGCUUUAACCCAAAACUUCCAAGAGGAUGAUGAUGGACUAAGAGAACAGAGUGAUCCUCCAUUGGAAGCAAUUAAAGAUAUAGUGGUUAUAGAACAGAUUGCUACAAGAGAAGGUGUUUCGUCAGACUUUGCCAUAUUAUAUGGAGUGAUCACAAAGUUUGAUAUUGACUCUCAUAACAUUGAACAAUUCUGUAGGAGAAAAUGUUGUAAAUGUAAGCAGAUAGUGACAGCAGAAACAGGGUACCAAUGUUCAAAUCCCAGUUGUUCUCAAGCCAUUGUUUUCAAUACAACAGGAGACUUUGCUCAGGGACAAACAGACAUUGACUACAGCAUACCAAUAAGUAUAUCUGACCACACUGGUACAAUACAGUGUAGACUGUCAGCAGAUAUUCUACAAAAUCUAACAGGAUGGAAUCCAAAAGAUCUAAUGGCUGUUCCACAAGAAGGAAGAACAGAGCUAAAAUGGCAAUGUUUACUUGAAAGAUGUAAAUUUUAUAUCAAGAUGUUGAGGAAUUAUCAUAAUCCAGAGAGACUUUCCGUCAGAGUGAUGUCAUGUUGUAAAGUUGACUCCACAAAAAUGCUGCAAAAUAUUUCACCUGUCAAAGGACGUAAAACUGCUCUUUACACACAUGCUUGAAUCACACUAUGUAACAUAGUCAUUUACAUUUUUUCAAGUUCAAUAUUUUUUUGUUUGUUAGAAUUUUGAUGUAGAUCUUUCCUUGAAUUACCUGUGAUAAAGUUCCUUCACUGUGAUAACGAUUAGUUUUCAUGAUGUUCAAAUUGUUAUAACUGUUUAAAUAAAGUUUUAAA